AUGGUAGAAGACGAGGAUAACGAGUGGGAACAACUCAACCGCAUGAACUGGAAGGGCUUGGGUGUAACGGAUCCGAUAAAAAGCGUUGAGGACAAGUGGCUUCUAUUGCCCGCUUUUCUCAAAGUCAAAGGACUCGUCAAACAACACAUCGACUCCUUCAACUACUUCGUCGAUGUCGAUAUCAAAAACAUCGUCAAAGCGAACAACAAAGUUACCUCAGACGUAGACCCACGUUUCUGGCUGAAAUACACGGACAUCAAUGUUGGUUUUCCUGACCGGAACGAAGAGUCUUCUGUUGACAAGAGGGUGACUCCGAACGAGUGCCGACUGCGUGAUACGACAUACAGUGCUCCAAUCAUUGUGACCAUCCAAUACACUCGCGGUAAAAACAUCGUCCAACGGAAUGUCAAUAUCGGACGUUUGCCAAUCAUGUUGAGGAGCUGCAAGUGCGUUUUGACCGGAAGGUCCGAAGAACAACUGGCCCGCAUGAUCGAAUGUCCGUUGGAUCCAGGAGGAUAUUUCGUUGUGAAAGGGACUGAAAAGGUCAUUCUUGUCCAGGAGCAGCUUAGCAAGAAUCGGAUUAUCGUAGAGACAGAUCCUGCAAAGGGCGUCGUUCAGGCGUCUUGCACAUCGUCUACGCAUGGCGGUCUCAAGUCCAAGACUUAUGUCGCAACAAAGAAGGGCAAAAUAUAUCUCCGGCAUAACUCUAUUCACGAAGACAUACCUAUUGUCAUCGCCCUGAAGGCAUUGGGAAUCCAGUCCGAUAAGGAGAUACUCCUUCUCACAGCAGGAAACACCGAUGCGUACAAAACUGCAUUCUCAGCCAACCUGGAAGAUGCUGCGAAGCUUGGCGUGUUCACUCGACACCAAGCCCUCGAAUACAUCGGCACUCGUGUCAAGGUCAACCGACGCGUGAUGGGUCCGCGACGGCCUGCUUGGGAAGAAGCAUUGGAGGCGCUCGCCACAAUUGUCCUGGCACAUGUCCCUGUCAAAGGCCUUGACUUCAGGUCAAAGGCCAUCUUUGUUGCCACCAUGACCCGGCGGGUCUUAAUGGCAAUCGACGACGAACACAUGGUUGAUGAUCGCGACUACGUCGGAAACAAACGACUAGAACUUGCAGGCCAGCUUCUCGCCUUGCUAUUCGAGGAUUUGUUCAAGACGUAUAACUCUAACCUUAAGAACGCCAUUGACAAAGUGCUGAAGAAGCCUUCGAGAACGAGCGAGUUUGAUGCGUUCAAUACAAUGCGAAUGCAAGGCGACCAUCUCACGUCCGGAUUCGUGCGCGCCAUCUCAACCGGCAAUUGGUCAUUGAAACGAUUCAAGAUGGAACGAGCAGGUGUCACGCACGUCCUCAGCCGCCUGAGCUUUAUCUCCGCGUUGGGGAUGAUGACUCGUAUCUCAUCACAGUUUGAAAAGACGAGGAAAGUCAGCGGUCCUCGGGCGCUCCAACCAAGUCAGUGGGGUGUUCUUUGUCCUAGUGAUACCCCCGAAGGAGAGGCAUGUGGCCUUGUCAAGAAUCUCGCGCUCAUGACACACAUCACUACCGAUGUUGAAGAGGAGCCCAUGAUACGUCUUGCCUUCAUGCUUGGCGUGGAGGACAUCAGUUUGACAACUGGAACAGAGAUCUAUGGUCCACAUACCUUCGUUGUGAACGUGAACGGUACUAUUAUUGGCCUGACAAGGCACCCCACCCGAUUCGUUGCACAAUUUCGCAAGCUCCGGAGGGCUCGUCGGUUCAGCGAGUUUGUCAGCAUAUACAUCAACCAUCACCAUCGUGCUGUGCAUAUUGCGAGCGAUGGCGGGCGCAUUUGCAGACCUGCUAUUAUUGUGGAGAACGGUCGGCCGAGAGUUACUUCCGAGCAUAUCCAACAAUUGAAAAAGAAUGCCAUGACCUUCGAUGAUUUCCUCAAAAAGGGUCUGGUUGAAUACCUCGACGUCAACGAAGAAAACGACACUUAUAUUGCACUUUACGAGAGCGACAUCGUACAUACGACGACUCAUUUAGAAAUCGAGCCAUUCACACUCUUAGGGGCUGUGGCAGGUUUGAUCCCAUAUCCUCAUCACAACCAGUCACCUCGAAAUACCUAUCAGUGUGCCAUGGGAAAACAAGCUAUCGGCGCCAUUGCCUACAACCAGCUGAAUCGUAUCGACACACUCCUAUAUUUGUCUGUCUACCCCCAACAGCCGAUGGUCAAGACGAAGACUAUCGAGUUGGUAGGGUAUGACAAACUCCCUGCCGGUCAAAACGCUACGGUGGCCGUUAUGAGCUACUCUGGGUACGAUAUCGAAGAUGCUCUCAUCCUAAACAGGGCAAGCUUGGACCGAGGAUACGGCAGAUGUCAGGUUUUGCGAAAAAAUGCAACACUUAUUCGAAAAUAUCCCAAUGGAACAUUUGACCGUCUUGCGGAUGCACCUUUGGACGAGAAUGGCAAGAUAUCCAAAAAGUAUGACAUCAUUCAGCUCGACGGUCUUGCUGGGGUCGGAGAACGGGUCGAUCCAGGCGACGUCUACGUCAAUAAGCAAACCCCUUCGAACGCAGCAGACAACACUUUCACUGGUCAAGCCGCCUCGGUACCGUACAAAAAUACCCCAUUGACUUAUAAAUCUCCGGUCUCCGGCAAUAUCGACAAGGUUAUGAUUAGCGACACUGAGAACGACCAAACGAUCGUCAAGGUUCUCAUCCGACAGACACGUAGGCCAGAGCUAGGCGACAAGUUCUCGUCCCGACAUGGACAAAAGGGCGUCUGUGGGCUCAUUGUGAACCAGGAGGACAUGCCUUUCAACGACCAGGGCAUCAAUCCGGAUACCAUCAUGAACCCCCAUGGGUUCCCCUCUCGUAUGACGGUCGGAAAGAUGAUUGAACUGCUGGCCGGGAAGGCUGGCGUCUUAACAGGGAAGCUUCAGUAUGGCACAGCCUUUGGUGGUUCAAAGGUUGAAGAUAUGAGCCGUAUCCUUGUGGAGAAUGGGUUCAGUUACGCCGGCAAAGAUAUGCUUACCAGUGGAAUUACUGGAGAACCUUUAGAGGCUUACGUAUAUUUUGGUCCUAUCUAUUAUCAGAAACUCAAACACAUGGUCAUGGACAAAAUGCAUGCUCGAGCGAGAGGUCCACGUGCGACACUGACACGCCAACCAACCGAGGGUCGGUCCCGAGAAGGAGGCCUUCGUCUAGGAGAGAUGGAGCGUGACUGUCUAAUUGGCUACGGUGCUACUCAGCUUCUACUCGAACGGCUGAUGAUUUCGUCCGAUAAAUUCGAAGUCAAUGCAUGUGAGGAGUGUGGGCUAAUGGGGUACAACGGCUGGUGUACCUACUGCAAGAGCUCAAAAAAGAUGGCCCAGUUGACAAUACCAUACGCUGCUAAACUCCUGUUCCAAGAGUUGAUGGCUAUGAAUGUGGUGCCCCGGUUGGUGCUGGACGAUGCAUAA